CUGUUGGAUAAGAGAGUUAAUGGGCCUUUGAGAAGGGCAGUAGAAAUGGAAAUGAAGAGAAAUGGGUGACUUGAGAUAUGUUUUGCAGGUAGAACCUUCAGCGCCUGCUGAUGAACUUUAAUGUGUUCUAAGUGGAGAGAAAGGAUCAAGAUUGAACCCCUCUGAGCUUUAGCUUUGGCAGCUGGAUAGAUGAUUGGGCCAUUUCCUGAGAUGGGGAGAAUUGGAGGAGGAAAGAUAAAGAUACCCAGAAAGGGAAGACUCCUUAAGUUUGGAGAGCAUUUUACUCAGGAACAUCAUCUUCAGCGGGCUAUUUCAGCACAGCAGGUAUAUGGAGAGAAGAGGGAUAAUAUGGUUAUACCAGUCCCAGAGGCAGAAAGUAAUAUUGCUUACUAUGAAUCUAUAUAUCCUGGGGAAUUUAAGAUGCCAAAGCAGCUCAUUCACAUACAGCCUUUUAGUUUGGAUGCUGAACAGCCUGAUUAUGAUUUGGAUUCUGAAGAUGAAGUAUUUGUGAAUAAACUGAAAAAGAAAAUGGACAUCUGUCCAUUGCAGUUUGAGGAAAUGAUUGAUCGUCUGGAAAAAGGCAGUGGUCAGCAGCCAGUCAGUCUGCAGGAAGCCAAACUGCUACUAAAAGAAGAUGAUGAAUUAAUUAGAGAAGUUUACGAAUACUGGAUUAAAAAGAGAAAAACCUGCCGAGGGCCAUCUCUUAUUCCAUCAGUAAAACAGGAGAAGCGAGAUGGUUCCAGCACAAAUGAUCCUUAUGUGGCUUUUAGAAGGCGCACUGAAAAAAUGCAGACUCGAAAAAAUCGCAAAAAUGAUGAAGCUUCUUAUGAAAAAAUGCUUAAGCUGCGUCGAGAUCUGAGUCGAGCUGUCACUAUUCUAGAGAUGAUAAAAAGAAGAGAAAAGAGUAAAAGGGAGCUCUUGCAUUUAACACUGGAGAUUAUGGAAAAGAGGUAUAAUCUGGGUGACUACGGUGGAGAGAUCAUGUCUGAGGUCAUGGCUCAGAGGCAGCCGAUGAAACCUACUUACGCCGUCCCCAUCAUCCCUAUUACUAAUAGCAGUCAGUUUAAACAUCAGGAAGUGAUGGAUGUGAAGGAGUUUAAAGUCAAUAAGCAAGAUAAAGCUGAUAUUAUCCGACCGAAACGGAAAUAUGAAAAGAAGCCCAAAGUCCUACCAUCGUCUGCUGCUGCUACUCCUCAACAGACGAGUCCUGCUGCACUGCCAGUCUUCAAUGCUAAAGAUUUAAAUCAGUAUGACUUUCCCAGCUCAGAUGAAGAACCUCUCUCCCAGGUUUUGUCUGGCUCUUCGGAAGCUGAGGAAGAGAAUGAUCCUGAUGGUCCUUUUGCUUUCCGUAGGAAAGCAGGCUGUCAGUACUAUGCUCCUCACUUAGACCAAACAGGCAACUGGCCUUGGACUAGUCCUAAAGAUGGAGGAUUAGGGGAUGUGCGAUACCGAUACUGCUUAACUACUCUCACCGUGCCCCAAAGGUGUAUUGGAUUUGCACGAAGACGGGUUGGGCGCGGGGGAAGGGUCUUACUGGACAGAGCUCAUUCAGACUAUGACAGUAUAUUUCGCCAUCUGGAUUUGGAAAUGAUUUCCUCACCACAACAUUCUCCAGUCAAUCAGUUUGCCAAUACCUCAGAAACAAAUACCUCGGACAAAUCUUUCUCUAAAGACCUCAGUCAGAUACUAGUCAAUAUCAAAUCAUGUAGAUGGCGGCAUUUUAGGCCUCGGACACCAUCGCUGCAUGACAGUGACAAUGAUGAACUGUCCAGUAGGAAAUUGUAUAGGAGUAUAAAUCGGACAGGCACAGCACAACCCGGGACCCAGACAUGCAGUACCUCUACGCAAAGUAAAAGUAGCAGCGGUUCAACACACUUUGCAUUUACAGCCGAACAAUACCAGCAACAUCAACAGCAACUGGCACUAAUGCAGAAACAGCAGCUUGCACAAAUACAGCAACAGCAAGCAAAUAGUAAUUCCUCCACCAACACUUCACAGAACCUUGCAUCUAACCAGCAAAAAAGUGCCUUUCGCCUGAAUAUACAGGUUUUAGAAAGAACAUUACAGGGUUUUGUUUCUAAGACUUUGGAUUCUGCUAGUGCUCAAUUUGCUGCUUCUGCUUUGAUGACAUCAGAACAACUGAUGGGAUUCAAGAUGAAGGAUGAUGUGGUGCUUGGAAUUGGGGUGAAUGGCGUCCUUCCAGCCUCAGGAGUAUACAAGAGCUUACACCUCAGUAGUACUACGCCAACAGCACUUGUACAUACAAGUCCAUCCACAGCAGGUUCACCUUUGUUACAGCCUUCGAAUAUUACACAGACUUCAAGUUCCCACAGUGCCCUGAGUCAUCAAGUAACUGCUGCCAAUUCUGCGACAACUCAGGUUCUGUUUGGGAACAACAUUCGAUUAACUGUACCAUCAUCAGUUGCCACUGUAAACUCUAUUGCCCCAAUGAAUGCUCGACAUAUACCUAGGACUUUAAGUGCUGUUCCAUCAUCUGCCUUAAAGCUGGCUGCCACAGCAAACUGUCAAGUCUCUAAGGUCCCGUCUUCAUCCUCGGUAGAUUCAGUUCCAAGGGAAAAUCACGAAUCAGAAAAGCCAGCGCUGAACAACAUAGCCGACAAUACAGUAGCGAUGGAGGUGACGUAGCUUCCUCGGGAGCGGAGUGCAGCCUGGGGACUUGAUUAGGUGCUAUGCAUCAGUAGCAUUUUGAAUGCAAGGGAUGAUGGAAUGCAACAUACGCGUUUCGGUGGCAGCUGUGGGGACUUCACAGCAAUGCUCAUCUCUCAUGCUUCAAUUUUUCUUUUCUUACUGUUAAUAGGAAAAAAAUCAACAUCUGUAAAUUAAUACAGCAAUUAUCUGUACAGUACUGCAUAUUUGUAAUACCCUUGUAUAUAUGUUACUUGAAUACAGAAAUGUUCAUUUGUGAUGCUUUGCACUUGGGGGUGGGGGGUGGGAGGGAAAUAAAUUGCAACAAAGAGUGUGAGAUGUGAGAUUGUAUAGAGAUGAAGUGUCAUCACAUCAUGUGCAUGGUGCGGAACCUGCUGUUUUAUCUAUUUAUUGUGCCGUGUUUACAGUUUUUUGUACACUGUACCUUCAUUGGUUCCUGUGCUGUAGUAAAUGUGUUAGGUAGCUGUGGACUCCUUGGUAUUUUGUAAAUGGUAUAACAUAACUUGGUUCCCCCUCUGGGUCCUUGAGUUUUCUGUGUAUCAUGUGAAAAAAAAAUGGUGACAUACAUACAGAACUUUACAAAAAAAAAGGCAUCAGUUUUUUAAAAUGGGGAAUGUACUGUUAAAUGGGGAUCUUCCUGGUCUAUCAUUAGGACAA